AUGUCGGAAGAAAAAGCUCAGCUCUAUGAUGAAGAUUCCAACUUCCAAUAUCGCAACGGAAUGUCCCUGAUGGACGAACACCUAAAACCUAAAAGUGGAGAUUGUAUUCUUGACCUAGGCUGCGGCACUGGCCGGCUAGCGGCACAGCUAGCUUCCAAAGUUGGGGAGGAAGGCAAGAUUGUAGCAGUUGAUCCCAAUGCGCAACGAGUGCAACUUGCCCGUAGGAAUGUUCAGCGCCAGCACGAUAACAUUCAGUUUGUUGUUGGCACUGUAGAUGAUGCAGUAAUUCUGGGCCCGUUCGAUGGCAUCUUCUGCAACUUCGUUCUUCAUUGGGUGCCUGAUGGAGGCAUUCUGGAAACUUUGAAAACUGCUCUGGACUGCUUAAAACCUGGAGGAGAACUAUGCGCCCAGAUGACAGUUUCGCCUGGAGCACUAUACGAGGACAUAGUACGGCUUGUUACGGCACAUGAUACGCCUCAAACGCAGAAAAGCAUCCCUGGACAAGCUGGAAUAUACUGGAGAAAUCUGUGCAAGUCAGUGGGAUUUGAUGUUCUUGUAGCUGCCGAAGAGAGCCCAAUGGUUGUCAUGGAUAAUCUGUACUCCUGCGUUACGACAGUUAUUGCAUACACAGAAGCAGAUGUGAACUUGAAAGCAGUUGCAGCUGAUAAUGGUGAGUUCAGUGCCCUAAUGAAAGCCCACAAUAUUAACUCAAGGACUGACAAAGUAGUGGUGAGAGAUGCAACGUACGUAAUGCUCAUAGCACGGAAACCUGCUGAUUUGUAG